AUGGCCUCCAUCCAGAGGUUCUUGGUGAAGGAAGAGCAGAAGACGUACGUCUUCAACCUGGCAAGCCUGCUGAAGCUGCUGGUGCUGUGUGCUGUCCUUUGGGUUCUUGGUGUGACAACCUUGAUGCCAAACAAGACCCAAGCGCAGACUGUCCGGGAAAUGAUUUGUGGCGGGAAUCGAGACUUCGUGUACGGCUCCCAUCCGACGAUCGGCCCGAUCUUCGUGGCCGACACAACGCAGUACAAUCUGAAGAACGCGGAGAACAUGCUGCCAAACAUUGCCAACUUGGUGGAGGACGUCGUCUUCAACUACGACCCGGCGGAUGUGAAAGACUACAUGUGGCGGACCACUCUGUCUGGGGGAGCUGUGGCGGUCAAGCACCUCCCCACUGUUACCGAGAUGCAGGCCUGGCUAAGCAUGACCGAAGCAGAAGCCGCAGAGGAAACUGACUACGGGAGCCGGAGCUAUGGCACCUUCUGUGAAGAUCGCUCCCGAGACUUUUGGGAAGGCGACUGGCUCUGGCCAACCAUUGAGACCCUCACCGGUGCCAAAGACUGCGCCAGCGCGAAGCCUUUCUGCGAACGGCGCGACUUACCCCUGAUUCGCAUGAUGUGCCCCGAGACCUGCGGCUGUGUGGAUCCACUGGCCGGGCUCUAUGUGGACAACGGCUGCCGCCAGCUCUGCCGUGAAACGCCCGAGUUCCAGGCCGCCCUGGCAAGCGCGGCGUGCCAGGACUUGUCGAACUCGAAGCAGGAGCUUGCUUGGCAGAGGUGGUGGAGUGGCUUCUACUCCAACGAGAGGGGCAUCUGGAGCGAGGACAACGAGAUGAUGACCUUCGCAAGGGGUGGCGCCGAGGGGAACUGCAGCUUCCUCCUGUCCCAGGAUUGGAUGGCCCGAACCUUCUGCCAGCAGCGCCAGACGCGCCCAGGCACCAUGAUCUGUCCCUCCGUGUGUGGCUGCCCUGGCAUCACGGACGGCUGGUGCCCCGGCUCCUGUCUCUCCGACGCCACCCCCGCGGAGGGAGGAGACUCUUCGCGUUGA